GUUAGACGAAUUAUUAUAGGUUGUAUCCAUACGCGCGCAGCAGUACUAUGCAAAUGGAUGGGGUCAUCGCAGCAUCUGAUAAGCGAAAGAGCGUAGUUGAGGGUCCAGCCCAAAGGACUGGUGCUAUCAACAAGGUUUGAAAGUGGUUAUCAGAUUAUUUUUUUCAAUCUCCUAAGAAGUAUAUCUUUUUCCUCAUAUACACAUCAUCUGCACUUCUUCGAGCAUUUUUCUUUUCCUCACUUGUCUGGACUCCAUCUCUUUUCUGUUUUGCAUUCUCUAUUAUCGAUCCUCCUGUCUACAUUCAAAAAGAUUGAUCUCAAACCAAUGACUCACCACGGGUCAUCUACAGCAAGAAAUGCCUCAAAGGCAGCAGCACCCUCGACUGCAGUGUCGGUCCCUAAGGUCACACGGAUCGUGUUCACGGCACUACUGCUCGACAUCCUGGCCUUCACCAUCAUCCUGCCCUUGUUUCCAAGGCUGCUUCAGUUCUAUCGUGAGAGCGAGCAUGGCGACCAGACAUCGCUACUGGCAUGGUCGCUGUCGCGCCUAACAGAGUUCCAGAAUAUCAUUGGGCUGAACGAUCACCAGGGUUCAGGAUCCCAGUCCAUCAAGCGGCCACCGAAAAUGGACAUUGUCCUUCUGGGCGGUGCACUCGGAUCGCUAUUCUCAGUCUUGCAGUUUGUCGCUUCUCCAGUCAUUGGAAAGCUCUCUGAUGUCCUGGGACGACGACGGGUGCUUUUGAUGACAAUGCUUGGAAACCUGAUCUCGUGCGGCGUCUGGCUGUUUGCUGGCUCCUUUGAGCUCUUUGUACUCUCCAGAAUCAUUGGUGGACUUAGCGAAGGCAAUGUCCAGCUAUCGAUCGCCAUGAUUUCCGACAUCACAACUCCAGCAACGCGAUCACGAGGAUUGGCUAUGGUGGGAAUUGCGUUUGCGAUUGCUUUCACGGUCGGACCAGCAUUAGGAGCGUACUUUGCAAACAAGGACCUGGUCGCUGCGUUCCCUGGACUGGCACUGUAUGGGCUGCACCCCUUCUCUGGAUCAGCACUCUUGGCGAUGGUGCUUUUGACGGUUGAGACCCUCUACUUGUAUGGCAAACUGCCAGAAACUAACUCAGAGAGCUGGAGAAUGGCAGUGCGGCAGACCGUGGAGGACGAGAAGAAGACUAGAGCCGAAGGCAACGGAGGAACUUCGUCUGCUUCUUUAGGAUCGAACGCGAACGGAUCAUCAAACAUUACUCCAGUUGUGAUGGAUACGGCGAGCAUCAUUCACUUGCAGCACAGAUAUCUGAGCCGGCUUUCGUUCACGCAUUUUGCACACUUGUUCCUAUUCUCAGGAAUGGAGUUCACCUUGACAUUCUUGACCUUUCAUCUCUUCGACUUCACUCACAUGCAGCAGGGCGCCUUGCUGGGCUACAUCGGGAUCUUGUCCUCAUUGAUUCAGGGCGGCUAUGUGCGUCGACGGGCGAACAAGGUUGGAGAGAAGCGCAUGGUACUCCAGGGUAUGUUCGCCGCCGCAAUCGGAUUGGGAUGCAUUGCGCUCGUCUCCGGUGACGGCUCAGCUUCAGAAGAUUUCUUAGUCCUGAACGAGAAACUUGAGUCGUCCGUACUCAGGAACGUAGUGCUGUGGCUCAACGCUCAGGAUUGGUCGAGGAAGACACGGAUGUGGGGUCUUUAUGCCGGAGCAACGGGACUGGCCGUCACCAGCGCGACCGUCGUCAAUUGUCUGACUAGUUUGGCUAGCCUGGUGUGCGACAUGGGAUCCGAUAGCCCCUCUGCAGCGUCGAGAUCCAAGGAUAACACAUCUGAUGCGGUGCAGCCGAUCGGCAAGGGCCUCGCUUUGGGCCGUUUCCGUUCCUGGGGCCAACUUGGCCGUGCUAUGGGCCCGAUCGCAGCGUGCAGUUUGUACUGGCGUGUGGGACCACUGGUUUGCUACGGAGCUGUAUCUCUGGCGGUUGCAGCCGUGACAAUUCUGGCAAGCAGAAUCCUGCCCGAGGUGCGCAAGCUUCCUAUCCGAACAAAAGUCGCUUCGACAGAAACGGCCAUUUUGAAGAAGAGGCAGUAGAAGGCGCAUUUUUGUUCAUAUAUAAACAUUCACAGUGCCACAAU